ACCUGUGUGGGCGUUGCCAGGAUACAAGUGUCAACAAAGUCGGCUCGCUACAAUGUCGUCCAGCUUUUCCGCUAAUCAGUAUGAAGGCUCCUUCAAGUCGCAGAAAUUACAAAACUGGACUGUUCCAAAACACUUCAAAGAGAGACCAUGUGCUGUGACUGGACACACUACAAUCAUUGCCACAGACCGUGGUCAUCUACUGCCAGGACUGAAGGCUAAGGGCUCAAAUGCAUGGGCAUCAUUUGUGGGCACUUGGGAUAUGCCCAACCGGAUCCCUCCAACCUAUAUAAACUGCACCGCCCGUUCUCUGGAGGGUCAGGAACGUCUGAAGAACUAUGGUAACCCGAGGGACACCACCAAGAAGGCCAAAAGCCCCCGGCAGUCUGGAGGGACCCCCAAAGCCAAAGGAGAGGCGACGACUGAUCAAUCAGUGAGCCAGGAGCCGCAGCUGGAGGCCCCAGUGGAGCAGCCUGCUGCCCCCCAGACUCCUGCUGCUGCAGCGGUCUCAUUCAGGACCCCAGAGCCACAGUGCCCGGCUUCCGAGUGCAACCCGUCCCCUAGUCAGAGAUGUGAUUGUCACGAGAGGCCAGCGUCUCAAAAGAGCCACGCUGAUGAUGACGAGAGACCUGCCACACAGCAGCAGGAAGGAGAGGCAGUCUGAGCAUUAAAAUCAGCAUGGCAACACGCAGGAGUUUAUUUUCUUUUCAAAACAAUAAAAGUCUUCCUCUCUAA